CCACGUCUGACCGAGCCUCACAGUCUGCGCAGGAACAGGAAGAGAGCGAGAGUGUAUGAGUGUGUGUGAGUGUGUGUGAGGACGGGAGCUCGCUGUACUGAAGUAGGGACUGAGGGCAGUCAUGGGGAAUUCACAGAAGAAGGGCCCCGGUCACGGAGAGGGAGGGGGCCCGCACUCUCAACCUGGGACCCCGGGACACAAGAGGAGCCCUGGAAACAACACAGCCAGCUCAAAGGAAGUCCAAGGGAAGAGGCCGGCAGUCAAUGGCACCCUUCCAGCCGACAAGAGCCAGGAUGAGCCUCGGGGCUCUGGUGCGGUGCACAGUGGUACUGCUGGGGCGAGCUGUAAUCUGGACGCCCCGUGUGGGGCCCUUCCUCCUCCACUGGCCAGGCUCAAAAAUGAGGGCAAUAUGUUGUUCAAAAAUGGACAGUUCGGGGACGCGCUGGAGAAAUACACACAGGCCAUUGACGGAUGUACAGAAGCUGGUAUCGACAGCCCAGAGGAUCUCUGUACUCUGUACUCCAACAGAGCUGCGUGCUACCUCAAAGAUGGAAACAGCGCAGACUGCAUUCAGGACUGCAGCAGGGCUCUGGAGCUCCGCCCCUUCUCGCUGAAGCCCCUCCUCCGGCGGGCAAUGGCGUAUGAGACUCUGGAGCGCUACAGCAAGGCCUAUGUGGAUUACAAGACAGUCCUGCAGAUAGACGUCAGCGUGCAGGCGGCUCACGACAGCGUGCACAGAAUCACUAAAAUGCUGAUCGAGCAGGACGGUCCGGACUGGCGAGAGAAGCUGCCCGAGAUCCCACUGGUCCCGCUUUCGGCCCAGCAGCACCGUAAAGAUGAGCCCAGCGCAGACGUCCUGCAGGCCCGCGCAGACAGAGCCCAGCAGGAGAAGACCAGAAAAGCAGAGGCUCGGUUCACACUGCUGAAACAAGAAGGAAAUGAGCUGGUGAAGAGCGGCCAGUUUCAAGGUGCUGCGGACAAAUACAGCGAGUGUCUGGCCAUCAAACCGAACGAAUGUGCCAUCUACACCAACAGAGCGCUGUGCUAUCUCAAGCUGGAAGGUUUCGCAGAAGCCAAACAGGACUGUGAUUCUGCACUUCAGAUCGAGCCAAACAAUAAGAAAGCAUUUUACAGACGAGCACUGGCACAUAAAGGUUUGAAGGACUAUCUGUCAGCCAGCACUGAUUUACAGGAAGUGCUGCAGUUGGAUCCGAACGUGCAGGAGGCCGAGCAGGAGCUGGAGACGGUCACUAACCUGCUGAGAGAAAGUCUGCUGGCUAAUUCUCAAGGUUGACAUCGAGGCAAUAAUUAGGAAACCAACAGAGGGCUACAGGAAGAACAGACCCUCCUUCAUUAAAGCCAGACACAGCGGAUCCAGCGAGCCUGGGAAUUCAGCUCAUGGGUCCCAAAGUCCUGCAUCGAGGGUCAUUCAUCCUUAGACUGUCAUGCGUUCCUUCCAGCAAACACUCAUCUCACCUUCUUCAAGGAAUAUUGUCUGAUGCAAUGCUGACACUGCAAAGCAAAGCAUGCAAACGGUUCAUCCUCUGUAACUCUGGCUUCCGUAGGCUUCAGGAUUCUCGUGUUUUGAUGGGACAGUUGUCAUGUGUUUAAGAGAGAAUGUGCCUUUUAAAAGAAGCUGUGGCUCACAUAUGGAGUGAUUUAACACUCUCAGAAAAAAUUGUAAAGGACAAUUUAAUUUGCUAUGUCUAAAUGUCUGAUUUCUCAGAAUUUAAUAUAUUUUUAAUAGCUGCUGCAUUGUACGGUGUAAUAUAUACAUGUUGCUCAUGUAGUGUCAUUGUUGUUUCGACAUCUUCCAGCCUCCAGCCCCACCAUUAUCUCAAUAUGCAUUGAUAAAACGUAAGAUCCCACAAGGUAUGAAUGUGCAAUAACAUUAGAUGUAGUUUUUUUUUUGGUGAGGGGGAUGUAAGCAAAAGAAACAUGUUUCAGAUAAAUAAAUUUGCAUCGACUAAA